AAAUUGAAUGCAAACUUCCGCAAAGAAGAAGAAGAAGAAGAAGUUGCUUCGGUACCUUGCUCUUCACAAGUUUUAGCUGUGUUCAAUUUGAAGAAAUAAUAUAUAUUUAUAACGCUUUUGGCCGCCGACACAGUUUUACUACUUGCCUUUUGCACAGUUUUUGUGUUUUUGACUCGGGCUGAGCCUCUUUAUUCAACGUCUUUGCGAUCUCGUCUGGCACAACACGAUGAUCACAAGGAGAAGAAGCCGUGCCAUGGAGGUGCCGUCGGUAGACGUUGAGGAGGUGGACGUAAUGGAAAAUGUUCACAAUCUCCCCAGCCCUUCUGAUCCGCUUGCUGCUGAUGACACCGAUCCUUCAGGAAUCGAGCUAGACGACCUGUUCGAAGAUUUGAAAUGGACUCUAGAAAAAGAUUCUUCCUCUCUACUCUUUGGCGUCGAUCUUGCCGAUCUAGAAGCACACAGCGACAUAAACCAAAACUCGGGGUUUGACGCUUCGUCCCGCUCGUCUCCAGACAUAACGUCUUCUGGCUCCAGGAUGAAAAACCGACAAAACCAGUCGAACCACGUCAUCAACAAAAACGCCAUCGCUGCCAGAUUGAACCGUCUCAAGAAGAAGGAGCACGUCAACACCCUGGAGAAGCAGGUUGGCGUUCUGUCAACGGAGAACGCCGUGCUCAAACAAGAGAACUGUCAGUUGACUAAACGGGUGGAAGAAUUGGAGGAUGAAACCAGGUAUCUGAGAGCUGUGCUGGCCAAUGAGAGCAUGUUAGCCCAGCUCUUGUCCAGACUGAGCGGUGUGAAUGGGAUGAAAUUAUCUUCCUCGCUUUUCCAGGGGCCUCGCUCCAACGAGCACGAUUAUGCGUUGCCCAGGAAGCGGGUGAAGGUGGAGGAGAAGGAGACGUCUGGCGGCGUGUGCCUGCAUGUAGACAAGAACCACGUCUCAGUGGAAUUCUGCCCAAAGUGUGCAGAGAGCGCGAGCACGUCGCUCAAAAUGUAGGGUCAAGUACUUCUGUUUUCUCAUAUUGAGACUAAACCGUAUGUGACUCUGUACUGAACCUUAUCAGGAUGGAUGAACACCGAGUUAAUUAGAGCUGCCUAAGAACCGCAGAAUGUGCAUGUGAUUUAUGUUUUUGGUGGGAUAAGUAAACGUUACUGCUAAACCUUGUUGACAGUUUCUUCUAGGUAAUGGUUGCUCCGCCAUGGGGGAUGAGUGGCUUUCUGAACUCCUUUUCCUGCUUGACGCCCUGUUCUGCUGAUGGGAGGUGACGAAGCUGGACACGCAGCUGCAACGUGGCCUGGUAUUUUUUUAAAGGUAGUAUCGGUAACAAAUGGUACAUGUAAUCUAAUUUUUACCCACAUUCUGCAUCACCUGUAGCUGUUGGUCGUAUCAGCAAAGCUCCUUCAGCAGCCGGAGCAAUUUGUAUAUUGUUUGUAUAUUGAAAUGUACAUUUAAAAAAAAAAACUGAUCACAGUUAAUUUUUUAAAUCACAUCUAAUAAACUGUAAAUGUUUAAUUUUGAAUAUAUUUUCUUUUGAAGUAAAUGCUCUGAGAAAUGUUGGACAAAUAAAUCCCAUUCUCUGUGUGUGAAAUACUAAAUAUCUGCUGAGUCUUGUUGUGUACUGUUGAUAUUAAUGCAUCUCUUUUUUCUUUCUAAACAGCAAGCUCUGCCGAUAAAGGUCUUAACUUUUCCUGAACAUUGGGUCAAGUCUGGUAAUGGUUGUCAGAACAGAUGACAGUCCCCAUUGGAUGGAAUUAUAAAGCAUAGAAAGAUUCAUGUCAUUUAUCUGCCCAACUACAGUGCAUCCAGAAGGUUUUCCCAGCACUUCACUUUUUCCACAUUUUGUGUUCCAGCCUUAUUAAAACAACCUUUCCUCAAAAUUUGACACACAAACUCCCCAUGAGGGCAGCAAUGUGAGAAAAAGUUUGAGAUUUUUGCUAAAUUCUUAAAACUUGAAAACCAAGAAAUCACAUUUACAUAAGUAUUUUACAGUCUUCUUCCAUUGGCUGACGAUGGAGGCGGAGUUCAUCGGUCCUUCAGAGCACCAGGAGUGUUUCUGGAUCCUUCUUCAGAUUUCUGCCUCAAGACCAUCCUGUCUCUGAGGUCUACAGACGAUUCCUUUGAUUUCAUGUUUGGUGUUUGCACUGUUCACCGUAGGACCAAAUACAGACAGGUGUGUGCCUUUCCACAUCAAGUCCAAUCAUCUGAAUUUACCACAGGUGGACUCCUUUUAAGUUGUAGAAACAUUUCAUGGAUGAUCAGUAAAAUCCCAAAAAGUUUUUCCAUGUUGUCAUAAUUUGGUGUCUGUUUUUAGAAUUUUGAGGGAAGAUUAAUUUAAAGGUAGCGUAUAAUGUAAAAUACCUUUUUUUUUUUUUUUUUUUAGCUUUACAUCAUGUUAUGUUAUUCCCUCAUCAAAGACACUCCUUGGAGUGUAGCUUUGAAUUUGUCAUACAUGUUUGAGAAAUUGUAAAAUCUCCCCCAACAUUUGGGUGUCCAGAUUACGAGUUUUUGUAAUCAUCUUACAUUCUCACUAAUGAAGUCCAACCAUUUCAGCUUGCUGAGAAAAAAAGGCAUGAUUUUGCUUCACUUGGUUCAGUCAGUUAACUUAUUGUGGACAUAAUGGAAUAAUGAAAUAAGUAAAAAAGGUGCUACAUAUUUCCAUAAAGCUUCCACCUGACGGAGCACCCCUCACCUGCGGUUCCCCCACCUGGCUCCUUCUGACUAGCAGCAGCAGCUGUUGGCCAACACCUGCUGAGCUCACAAGAACUACUUAGUCCAACACUUUUAGGAGCGGUUGUACAUGGCAGCAUGGAGGAACAGUUUUGUGGUGAUGUGCUGGAAAGAAGAGGAGCUUCUUAAAGAAACGGACCAAUUUUAAAGUGUCAAAUGUAUUUAAUGUUUCACAUGUACAGCAGUUUUAUAACUGAAGUUACAGUUAUCAGUGCUGUUUUAUAGCACAAUGUGCUUGGAAACGACAUAAUGCCACCCUGGCAAUGUGGAAAAAGUGAAGAACUGUAAAUAUUUCUGAAUGUACUGUAUUUUAGCUCAUUCAGCUGUAAGUGCUUUAGUAUUCAUUUUGUUUCCUGGGAGAGUGGAACAGAAAAGUAAUCAGUUACUGCCACCUAUUGGUAUAUUGGUUACACUUCAGAUGUUCCCUGUUGUGUUUAAAGCAUUCAGUGGUUUAACAAAUCCCCUGGUCUAUGCUCCCACCUCAGUGACUGUUAAUGCAAGGCAAGUACAUGAGUUUUUGACAUUCAGCAACAUUGUACUUUACAUUAUGGAGGCAUAAAACCUUAUAUUGUAGGAGUAAAUAAAUGAAAGUAAUAAAAAGUUGUAAUACAGACUAAAAUUACAGAUGAUCCACUUUUUUAUUAAUCAAAACAGGUGGGGUUUUAGCCUUCAUUUAGGGAACUCAGUGUUUCAGCAUCUUUGCAGUUUUCUGGAACAUUUCUAGAUUAGAGCAUAAAAACUGAAUGCUGCUUCUCAGUGUUUUGUUCCCAUUCUGGGAGGUAAAGACUGAUUAGUUCACUUCCAUUAUGGGUGAGGAUAUUUUUAUCAGGGUUUGGUGGAAUUUAGCAUAUAUUAAACUUAAGAUGCUUUCAUUUAGUCAGUUUAGUUAACGUCAUUGUUCCAAACACUCUGGAGCAAGACUCAAAUCAUUUUACAGUCUCACUAAUGAAGGCAAAUCAUUUCAGUUUACUGAGAAGAAAAACAGGAUUUUUGCUUCACUUGGCUCCGUCAGUUAACCUAUUGAGUAAAAAAAUGGGCUUUUAUUUUGUACUGAGUAAUGUACUGCCCUCGAUUGUUGUUGCUUGUUCAAUGCUUCAGACACGUGAAGUAUUGACAAUUUGUAUGGUAUGUCCGUAUUGUGAAACUGAUUGAAGUCUUGUUUUUACACAGUGCAGGUACUGAAUCUUAGCUCAGCAUAAUAAAGGUUGUCAGAUGCGACUACAUCUGCCAGACGUGUAGAUGUAGUCGCAGGCGGACCGUGGUCUGACCAGGAGGCGGUCCUGGUCAGAAUGGACAAGACCAGCAUAUGGCGCCUCUGGAUGUGAGGUUUAAAUAAGGCUUCUUUUCCAUAGUGAUUAGAACUUUGUCAAAUUUGACAGUUUCUCAAUGAGGAAUGAGAACACAUACAUAUUUUUUUUAUUAACUCCUUCCAAUGAAAUAAAAUCAUUCUAUGAA